AAGCGCUGUGGCUGAGUUUUUCCAGCUCUGUUCUGACUCGGCAGAUUAUCUUCAGCCAGUCCUCGAUCUUCUCGAAUUCCCGCUGUUUCGCCCAGGCCUAUAAAUACGAUAUUUCGGCGUACCCAAGUGCGCAGAGCCUCCUAGAUCGUAAGAUUCAUUUAAUCCAAAGUGAAUCAGCUUGAAAAUCAAUGGAAUUUGGAGACCAUCUUGAAGCUUCAGAAAUUAAAAACUUUGACAUUGAAACUGAGCUUCAAUGUUUACGAGAGAGAAUCAAUAAGGAGGAUGCUAAUGAUAGAGUUGAGAAAUUGAAAUCGGCUAUAGAGUCAUUGAAGGCCCUGGAGAAGAAAGAAUCUGACUUGCAGUCUAAUUGUAAUGCACAACGUUGUAAAUUGGAAGCUGAAGUUAUUGAAUUGGAGAAAAAAUUGGCAGCAGGCUAUGAUGGUAGUAGUCUCUCUGAUGAUUUAAGUGAAUCAAUUGAGAAACUGAAUUUAGCUAAGAGGGAGCUUGCUGCUAGACUAAGGGAUAUUCUAUGUUUAAAGAGGAAACUUGGUGAUGUACCAUCACAUCCAGAACUCAUCCAGUAUGAGCGGCGAUUUUCAGAACUGUAUACUCAUAUCCAGGAAAAACAUCAAAAAACCCAGAAAUACUAUGCUACCUAUAAUGCUCUUAUGGAAAUUAAAGAGUUGAUGCUGAAGGAGACUUCUUUAUUGAACUCUAUAAGUUCACAGUUUCAAGAUGCCAUUACUAGCCCUGCUGGUCGCAUGAAACUAAUUGAUUCAAUGGAGAAAAUUGUAAAGGGCAGCCAACAGAAGCUAGAGAAGGUGCAACUUGGAUUACGAGAAGAGCAGAAGGCUUGUGAUGCUCUCAAGGAGAGGCAUGCUGCAGCAAUUGCAGAGCAAAGACGUUGCCAUUCUCUCUUAAAAGCUUUUCAGGAAGAAUGCGCAGAGAAUGAAAGACUUAGAAUCCAAAGGUCUGUUUAGGAACUCUGCCGUCUUAUGUGGAGGUUCUUAUGUCAUAUUUCAGGAAACAGCUGAUCUUCAACUUAAAAUCAAAUGAUUCUGCAGAGAUCAUUUGAGAUCUCUAUGCAGAAGCCAUUUUAUUUGUUUGGACAGUCGCAAAUAACAUGUUCUCGACACACCCAUUUUGUAACACAGACAGUAUAUUGCCAUUUUCCAAGCAUGCCAUAUAUAAAUCGAACACGAGAAGUAUGCAACUUGUCCAGGUACAUCAUAUUUUGAUGCCCAUGGACCUGUUUAAAGAGAUUCAAGGGAACAAAUACAGGGACAGGUGAGCAAAAUUUGGCUCAAGUUUGUCAUUUUUUGUUUGAAGUUUUAUUCACAUUAAAAAGAGUUGCCAUCACAUGACCUUAUAUCAUAUAUAAGUGGAAAAGGAUGGUCCAAUGCAAAAGAAAAUGCUGUAAAAGGACAAGCGAAAAAGAGUUGGUUUCCUUCCGGCACAAAGCUCUCCUUCUCUGGUUUAAAAAGUUAAAUCGUGGUGCUGAAAUUGAUAUGCUUCUAAUUUUCUUGCCAUUGUCUCUUAGCAAAACGUUGAUGUGAAUAAAGUUUAAACAAAAUUUAAUUCAA